AUGAUCCUGGAAAAGAGAUGGCCCGACGAAUGGUUCUCAUCUCCAUCACUGCGGGUCAAAUCUUCCUUCAAUGUUCCAGUUAUCACAGAAGUCGGUCAGCAUACACUGAAAAGCGAGCCAUUCGGAUUAGGAUGGAUUGUAGAGUGCUCCAUUAAAGUUAACAUCAUCGGUGGGAAAUGUGUCCCAUCGCAAUCUCGGGAAAAUUAUUCUUUCUACAUUCUGCCGAGCUCCUCUAAACACACCUCUCUUGGGAACCUGUCUUUCUGUGCAUCAUUUGCAUCCAAGCCCGAAACCGUGAAGGAAAUCCAGAAUCUGACCAUGGAAACCCUCCUCGUGAAGGAUACCUUAUCAGACAUGGAUUGGAAUUACAAUUCGAACCGCUCCCUCGAAAUCGAGGUCACGUUCCCUUUUCGACCAAAUCCCGCUCUUGCAUCUUGGCCAAGGGUGUCUAAAGCUAUAACGUCUACUCUUCAUCAUGACGGUAAACUGCCCAUCGACCUCAAGUUCAUCAUAUGCUCACGCCUGUCACCCCGCGGACACAUUGAUUAUCCAAAGGCAGUUUUUGCGAGCAGUGAGCUCUUGGAGGGGCACACGCCAUUUGUGGAUAAAUACAUUAACACGGGUGUGAAGGCGGUUAACCUUGAUUCGGACGAUUGCGACUCGGCGAUAUGGAGUGCAUAUGAUUAUGACGCAGAUAGUGAUUUUGACGGCGAGGAUGAUAGUGAUCAAGAUACUAUGGACAUCGACGCUGCACUCGCACCGUCUGCGACAGAUAUUGAUUUCCAAAACCUUCAACCGGCGUAUGAGGAGUGGCAUUCACCAGGCCGUCUUUCACAAAAUAUCUCAGUCACGUCUUCCCCACCGAGGUCACCGCUGUUGGAGUUUCAAGUGUCGCGCAUCACAGCGCAGUUGACGUCGGGAUCAUCGGUUGUCAGGCUGGAGAAUUACCGCUUAUCUCAACAACCGCUGCCACAAACACCAAUAUUAGCAUCUCCAUCCAUCGAUGACAUUGAUCUGCCAGCAGAAGAUACCAUAGCUGAGUCUCCUGAUAGACCCUUAUCGCCGGUUCAACAUGGAGACCAAAUCCAUGAACCGGAAGUACAUGGGACAGAGCGCUUUGGGUCUGUCUGGCAUGUCGAUGACGCCGCAUACAAGACGUGGGUUGCUUUCAUUAGAUCCCUUCUGGCAUAUCUAUACACGCACGAAAUCUCUUUUGCGUCCCUCAAGUCAAAUGGAACAGCUCGAAUCGCACCAGCGGAUGCAUGCUCUCCCAAGUCAAUGUAUCGCUUAGCUGUAAAGGCUGAUCUUGACAGUCUUCAAGAGUUGGCGUUCGAAAACCUUCGUUCGCAGUUGACGCCGAGUAACAUCAUCGCAGAAGUUUUCUCCAAGUUCAGUGGGCAGUAUCCUAAAAUACUGGAUAUGGAGGUCGAGUACUUGGUCUACCACUUCGAUGACCCUCUUAUGUUGGGAUAG